AUGGGUGGCCAGGCGUCGAAAGCCCCACGCACCACCAUCGAGGUUCUCCGGAGAGCGGGAGAAAACAUGAACACAAAAGCGAAAUUCCCGCUCUGCGAUAAUCUCCACCAAAAGCUGCAGAAACAGGGUGUCAACGUUGGGCCCGCCAUGCUGGAAAUUCGAGCAGCGCCUCCCGUCCAGUCUGUGGGUGCGUCGUCUUCGUCGUUUCAACCUGGCGAGUCUCCGUCUUCUUCGAAACAAUUCCUGAGAGACGGGGAAGCUGUCACGGUCGACCGUACAGGCCUAGCAGCUCUCGUCGGCGGCCUCUCAGCGUCUGUCAUUGCCGGAGGUGCCCACUUUGCUGGUCUUAUUUGA